CCUUCCUCUGGUAGGGAGGAUGCUAAACUUCGUGUUUGGAAUUUUGUACACCUAAAAAUUGAAGUGCUUUAAGACAAUGGAGUUGUAGUUAGAAACUUUGCCGUUGUUUGUUGCAUUCCAGAAACUGGUCUACUUACACUUGUUUGUCUACCUCCUAUUCCCACUUUUGGUGCAGGAUUUUCAAACAAUACAAGACAUACUUAUUCAAUAAGCCACUUUUGGGAGAGGGGUACGAAUGGAAGUGGAUUCAUUACUUAAAUGUGCAUCAGCAAGCCAGUUUCCUUGAACUUCUGUUAAAGCAGUUCAUAAAGGAAUAGCACACUGGGUGUAACUGGAGUGUGCAAAUAUGCAUAGCCUCGUAAUUCAUCUCCUCGUCUUGAGAGGUUCAGAUUCUUUGUUCACGUUUGUGAAGCUAUGAUGCUGUGCCUUAAUGACAUUAUGGUUACUUUGCUGCUCUAAGGAGGUGGCCUGGAAUCUGCUUAUUGUAGAUGUUUCACUUCAACUGUUUCUCCAGUCACAGACUUUUCUUAAGUCAGAGUAACUCCUUCUACGUAUAGAAGCUGUGCAACUGAGGGCAUUCUCUUUCCUUUCCUGGUCCUGGGCUGCCUAUAAAGGGUCGAGAAGGCUGUUUUAAAGAUUCCUCUUGCCUUAGCUUGGCAACUGAGGGAUGUAAUGUGCACAGGAGUUCCCAAUUAAAAGGGGGAGGUGAAACAUGGCUGGCUGGAUUGGCCUGUUACUGUAGAGAGGGGUACUCUUAUAAUAAUAUACCAUGCCUUGAAAGGAAGGGGGAAAGCUUUCAUUGCUCAAAGCUGGGCUCCGCUAGUACCCGGCAGUUCCUCUCUGAAAACAAACUGCAGAACCAGCAUGUUCUAGCGCUCGAUUAUUGCACGAGGCACAACCCCACCUCUGCUUCGGGGCCUGCACAGAGCUUCCCCGUCCAUGCGGGCAGCUGUUGGCUACGCCAGGUCCCCCUUGGCGUGCUCAGGGUAGUAGGCAGAAGUCGCUCCUUUUGUUUUUGAAGGCGGCCUCCCAGCUUUAUUGAAACCGAGGUGGAUCUGCAAGCACCGAACAAAACUGCCAGGCUCUAAAUCGAAUUGUUGUUAUGCACUACGCCGCCUUAAAGCUGCUUGGCUGGGGGAAGGAGAAAGGCAUCUGGGAUUUGACUGGGAAGCCUCCUCACAUUAGUCUGCCUGUUUCUGCAGUGGGCCCAAGGGCCUCUUCUCUGGGUUGUGUUGUGCUCUGGGGAGGCUGGUGCCAGAGACGGAAAGGGGGUGCGGGGCACGGCGCUGCAUGAGGUUUCAAUGUACCCAACUUUAUCUUGGACAUAAGAAGCAGGGGUUCGUACGGAAGUAAACCUGCUCCCACUGACUCCUCUUGGUCCAAGUGGGCCUAGCUGCUUCCCCCCGCACAUGCGCAGUAGCGCCGCACCAAGCGGGAACAUCCGUGCGUUCCUCACCCGUCUCCGUGUUGGUACAGGCCAAGAAGGUCCCAACCCUUCCCCCCUCCCUUUCCUCUAGAGAAUGGUAGGAGCCCGGGCAGUGCGGCGGGAUUGGGGAAAGGUAGAAGCGGGGCAUCUGACGUCAUCGGUCGAAGCGGGCACAGCUCUAGAGGCAGGAGCUUGUUUGACUCUUCCUGCCGCCCGUACUCCACGGAGCGCUUCGCCCGUGCGCAUGCGCACCGAGUGGGACGGUGGGUUGCUAGGCUGAGGGCGGCCCUUAGUUACCGAGCCUGGCGGGGCCGGAGGAUGGUGCUGACUCCGCAGGUUACUAUGGAGAGAGAUCCUCGGAACAUCAUUGUCUUCAGUGCAUCCAAAAAAGAGAUUUUCACUGUCAACAGUGGUUUUAAGUCUUUACAGAAAAGGCUUCGCAGUAAUUGGAAGAUACAGAGUUUAAAAGAUGAGAUCACAUCUGAGAAGCUGACGGGGGUAAAGUUGUGGAUUACAGCAGGGCCGAGAGAAAAAUUCACCGCAGCUGAGUUUGGGGUUCUGAAGAAAUUCCUGGAAGAGGGUGGGGAUAUCCUGGUGAUGCUGGGAGAAGGUGGUGAAUCCCGAUAUGACACCAAUAUUAACUUCUUGCUAGAAGAGUAUGGGAUCAUGGUCAAUAAUGAUACCGUAGUGAGAAAUGUAUAUUACAAGUACUUCCACCCUAAAGAAGCCCUGGUUUCUAAUGGAGUUUUGAAUAGGGAAAUCAGCAGAGCUGCAGGGAAAGCAGUACCUGGGAUAAUAGAUGAAGAUAGCAGUGGAAAUGACUCUCAAGCUCUCACUUUUGUGUAUCCGUUUGGUGCCACUCUGAAUGUGAUGAAACCGGCAGUGGCUGUUCUGUCCACGGGGUCUGUCUGCUUUCCACUAAAUAGACCCAUUCUGGCUUUUUACCAGCAUAAGAACCGAGGUGGAAAACUGGCAGUUUUGGGAUCUUGCCACAUGUUCAGUGAUCAGUAUUUGGAUAAAGAAGAGAACCGCAAGAUCAUGGAUGUACUUUUCCAAUGGCUCACAACAUCAGACAUCCAUUUAAACCAGAUUGAUGCAGAGGACCCAGAGAUUUCAGACUAUACAAUGCUUCCGGAUACAGCCACACUGUCUGAGCGACUGCGGGUAUGUCUGCAAGAGGGAGAGGAGAAUCCCCGAGACUUCACUACGCUUUUUGAUAUGUCUAUUUAUCAGCUGGAUACAACUUCCCUUCCUAAAGUGAUCAAAUCUUAUGAACAGCUAAAUGUAAAGCAUGAACCUCUUCAGCUCAUUCAGCCUCAGUUUGAGACUCCGCUACCUGCACUUCAACCAGCUGUUUUUCCGCCUGCUUUCAGAGAGUUGCCUCCUCCCAGUCUGGACCUGUUUGAUUUAGAUGAAACUUUCUCCUCUGAGAGAGCCCGUCUUGCACAGAUUACAAACAAGUGUACCGAAGAUGACCUAGAGUUUUAUGUCAGAAAGUGUGGUGACAUCUUAGGUGUAACAAACAAGCUCCCAAAGGAGCAGCAAGGUGCAAAACAUAUCCUGGAGCAUAUAUUCUUCCAAGUGGUGGAGUUCAAGAAGCUGAAUCGGGAACAUGAUAUUGACACAAGUGAAGCUGGAUUCCAGAGUGGUUACUGAAGCUGGCUUUUCCCAUCAGUGAAAGAGGGAGAUCUUAGCAAAAAUAUUUACCUGUGCUUUCCAUUGUAAAUUUACUGUUUCUCUCUGUUAUGAACUCUGUAAAUAUGUAUAAUGUCUAAAAAUGAUACUUUUUAAUGUUAAAUGAAAAAUUGUCAUAUAAAUAGCACUUGCUUUCCAGAACCUUUUAUAGAAAACAAACAUUCCUUAUUUAAUCUUUUUUCUACUCCUUUUUAUUGAAGCUGUAAUUUUGUAAUCAUUGAAAUAGUCUUAUGUUAAACAAAAUCUUCUUUUAAGUCUUA